AUGAAGAAGGUGUAUGGGAGUGAGGUUGAGCACUACCAAAACAGUCGGGACUAUGCUGCAGCUGUGCACAAAUGGAAUCCGGGCAACAUGUGUGGUUUGUUAAAAAAGGGCAAUCAUUUCCAUAGGAUGUUUGUAUGCUUGGAUGCAUGUAAGAAAGGCAUGAUUGCUAGAUGUAGGCCGAUGAUUGCAUUGGAUGGUUGUCAUUUGAAGGGUUCAUAUGGGGGACAGUUGCUGUGUGCGGUAGGCAGGGAUGAAAAUGAUGACAUGUACCCAAUUGCUUAUGCCGUUGUAGAAUCCGAGUGUAGAGACUCAUGGAUAUGGUUUAUGGCUACUCUCCUUGAUUUCCUUGGCCCUAUCGAAGAGCGUGGAUGGGUAUUUAUGUCUGAUCGUCUCAUGGAUACAUUUUAUACUGUGUACCCUGGGAUUGAACAUAGGUUUUGUAUCCGACAUCUUCAUGUUAAUUGCAAGAAGAAAAGGUGGAAAGGAAGAGCAUUUAAAGAUGAAUUGUUUGGAGCUGCUAAAGCCACAAAUGAAUCGGAUUUCAAACGGCACCUCAAUACAAUUAAGGGUAUGAGUGAAGAAGCUUUCGAUUAUUUGGAAAAAAUUGAUCCUAGAAGUUGGUCAAGGCAUGCAUUUGGAACCAGUGCCAAAACUGAUAUGAUCUCCAAUAACAUUGCUGAAUCCUUUAAUUCAUGGAUUAAGGAUGCUAGAGACAAGCCACUCAUAACCAUGUUGGAGACAAUUAGGAGACAGUUGAUGAAUAGGUACCAUACUAAAAGAGAAGGAGACAGUCAAGCCACUAAUGAGAUUUGUCCAAAGAUCCGAAAAAAACUAGAGAGGUCUAAAGAUCUACAAAGAAACUACAUUUGUCAGUGGCGAGAUAGGGCAGUGUUUGAGGUAGAGAACUGCUAUGGUUCAAGGAGGGUGGUUAAUAUUGAGACAAUGACAUGUAGUUGUGGUAGAUGGCAGCUUAAUGGAAUUUCGUGUCCUCAUGCAUGUGCUGCCAUUUAUGCUGAUCGGCGUAAUCCAGAAGACUUUGUGCAUGCGUGCUACCGGUAUGAUACAUACAAGAAAGCAUACGCUCCUUCAAUCCAUCCAAUGUCUGGGCCUGAUGAAUGGCCAAAAAUUACUGUUGACACCAUUCUACCACCAUUGGGAAAUGUGAGUAAUGAUCCGGUCUCGGAACCAAAUGUGACUACAACAACCAACAUAACGGGGCAGCCUAGUCAGCACAGUGAAGUGGUAGGAACUGAGAAUGUGAGUAAUGAUCCAGUCACCGAACCAAAUGCGACUGGAACAUCCAACGUAACAUGGCAGCCUAGUCAGCACAGCGAAGUGGUAGGAACUAAUUUCACCAAUUUCGGCUAUGGGGGUACUGUCACAACUGCUAGGGGUUCACACCAUGAUGGGGUAUAG